UUGAGUCACCAUUACGCGGACCGUCAAAGUAAAGCGGUAACCCGAGCGGUUAUCUUCGUUAUCAUUUGCGGCUCCUGGCGGCCGUGCCGAUUUUGGUGCGCAAAGCAACCAACGCCGUGUGAAAGGCAGCUGCAUGCCCGUAGUUUUCAGUAACGAUCAACCGCAGAUAUGGUUCAAACUGCUGAUAUUGUUUCAGACUCAGCAGCUCAGACACCAACUCCAGGUGUGGCUAUGACCUCGCUGCUGAUGGAGGGGGCAUCGGCGCUAGAGGUCAUGACUUCCGUCAACGGCGACCCGGGCCCGGACGGUGCGGCCGGCCGGCUGCCGGCCCACCUGCCUGAUGAGGGCAUCGCAGGCCAGCAGCUCUGGACGGCUGUCAAGGAGCUGACGCUGGCCGAUGCCGAGGAGGAGAUCCCCUGUCUGUCGACCGUGCAGCAGCAGACGGCCGUGGCUCACACCUGCGCCGCCUACGCCACCAUGCUGGAGGCCGGUGCGCAGCGCCAACUGCUUGAUCAGCUGACCAGCGACGUCACCAGCUGGCUCGCGCAGCUGUUCAGGCAGCCGGGGAUGAGCCUCUUCGUGCCGUCGCCCAACUGCGACAGCCUGGUGGCCAUGGUGCGCAUGCGCCUGCACGCUCGCUACAGCUCGUACGCGGCCGUCGGGUAUGAGGCGCUGUACGCACGGCCGCCGGUGGUGUACGUCAGCGCCGCCUGCCGGCCGGCGGCCGUAACCGCGCUGAUGACGUCACUGGGCCUGCCCGGCGGCGCCGUGCGCCAGGUGCCGCUGAGCGCCGCCUUCGGACUGGCACACGCAAUGGACGUGGCGCAGCUGCAGCGCAUGAUGGACGAGGACGAGAGCGCGCAGAAGGUGCCGCUGCUGGUGAUGGCGCACGCAGGCACGCCGGACCUAGGUCACGUGGACAACCUGCGCCGCGUCACCGAGCUGUGCCGCGAGCGCGGCGUCUGGUGCCACGUGACUGGACCCAGCCUGGCGGCGCUGGCGCUGGCGGCGUCGCGGCAGCCUCCGAUGGAGCUGACGCUGGGUGACUCGCUGAGCCUGGAGCUGGGUGCCUGGCUGGAGGUGCCCUGCCUGGCGGCGGUGACGCUGUUCCGGGGCCCAUUGGCCGGGCAGCCGGCCGGCCUGCCGCCGCCGGCGCCCACCCUGCUGCAGGUCAUGCCGCUCUGGACGGCGCUGCUGUCUCUGGGCCGCCGCGGUGUGGUGGAGCGGAUCCACUCUGCGCUGGCGCUUGCCGCCGCUAUCGAGUGCAGAGUGACGGCCGUCCCCAAGCUGCAGCUCCUCAGCGCCCGGCCCGGCAAGGAGGUGGCUCCGGUGGCCGACAUCGACAAACUGCUCUCCCAGUCCGUCAACUUCACGGUGGUGCUGGAGAGCCUGUCGCCCGUGGUCGUCUUCCGCUACAACAACGACGCCGUUGACGACAUGGCCUACCUGGACAACCUCAACUCUUGGUUGGGCCAGAUCAUGCAGCGUGACCUGCCGGAGGUGCCGAUCCAGCUGCUGGACGUGGCCGGCAGCGGCUUCUGCCUGCGCUUCUCACCGCUGACCGAACCGUGCCGGCCGCUGGAGGACGACGUGCUCGACGAGUGGGCCGAGUGUCUCGGACAGCAGAUCGAGAUCCUGAACGCCACGGUGCACCACCGGGCGCGGUUCGCAGAACUGACGGCGGCCGGCCAGCUGCGGGCCGUGCCGCUGCUCAACUGGGCGGGACUGGGCGCCGUCCGCUACAUCCCGACCCACCUGCAGCCGCUCAUGGAGGCAGGGGUCACCGACUCAGGCAAGGAGGACAUCAACAAACUGAAUACCGAGCUGCUGACGAAGCUGAAGUCGACUGACUCGGCCUUUUCGCUAGGCGACGGAGAGGAUGGCAUGGUCUGUAUCCGGUUCGGCAUGGUCACCAUGGACACGGACGUAGACGAGCUGUGCAGCCUGCUGCUCGACCUCGGAGGGCAGAUCGAGGAGUCCUCGCGCUUCCUCGAGACCAUGUCCGAGAUGCUCAUGAAAGGCAUCGAGGAGGCCAACCAGGACCUGCGCAAGGAGUCCGAGGACCAGCUGUGGCAGGAGGGCGUGCUGCGACACGUGCCGCUGGUGGGCACCAUCGUCAACUGGUGGUCGCCAUCGCCCAAGCCGGCCGUCAGAGGCCGCCGACUCGACCUGGCCGAAGGCGUGCUGCAGACCACCGAGGAGACGUACAAGUCCCACGUCCAGGUCCGCCGCAGCUCGUCGGCCACCGCCGGCACACAGCACUCCAGGACUUCCUCCUCGGCAUCGGCGUCCGGCGGUGCGCCGGCGCCGCCGACUCCCGCGCGGCCGGAGGAGCCCCCGGCCGCCCCGGGCAUCGCCACACCGGCCGCCGCCCCCGCCGCCGCCGCUCUCGCUGGCUGCGGGGAGCUGACGGCCGCCGAGGCGUCCGCUGGCUGCCGCUCGGUCCGACGCUGCGGGGUGUCUGUGACGGCGGCGGCGGCGGCGGCGGCGGCUCCGGAGGCCUGA